CCUUCCAAGCCCUGCUGCCGCAGCAGCUCCGUCGCGGGCGAAACCAUUGCCAGGCCGGGGGGGGAAGGGGCGGGGAGGGCGGCCUCCCUCUCAGGGCAGCCGGGGAUCGAGCCCAACGGGGGGCUUCGGAGGAAGGGGCCUGGAAGGGGGGCUCUGAGGAAGCCAAGCCCCCGGGGCCACAAUCCGAGGGGCUUCUGGGCCAAGGCCGUGUCCCUCCCCCCCCCCCCUCCGGGGCUCCGCAGUGGUUCCUUCCGGCCCCACAGCAGCCAAAGCGGCGGCAAAGGCGGCGGCAGCAGCAGCAGCAGCAGCAGCGAAGGGGGAGGAUGCGGUGAUCCGGGGCCCAGGCAGCCCCCGCCGCCCGCUGCAGCAGCCUCUCCUCCUCCUCCGGGGACGGGAUGAGGGACCCCCAGGCACCCGCCCGGAUGGGACCCCCGGCCCCGGCCUGAGGCAGAGGGUGCUGUCACCAGCACCGCCGUUCAGGGGGCCAGCACCAGCAUCACCCACCCGGCACCAUGGCAAAGCGGGAGUCCAGUUCCAGCCCGGUGGUGCGGCAGAUCGACAAGCAGUUCCUGGUGUGCAGCAUCUGCCUGGACCGCUACCACAACCCCAAGGUGCUGCCCUGUCUCCACACCUUCUGCGAGAGGUGUCUCCAGAAUUAUAUCCCGCCCCAGAGCCUGACCCUCUCCUGCCCCGUGUGUCGCCAGACCUCCAUCCUCCCAGAGAAGGGUGUGGCUGCUCUCCAGAACAACUUCUUCAUCACCAACCUCAUGGAGGUACUUCAGCGCCAGCCCGACAGUGCCAGCCAUGAGGAUGCUGCUGCUGCCAUGCUGGACUCAGUCAGCGCUGUGCCUGGCAAACCACUCUCCUGCCCCAACCAUGAAGGCAAGAUGAUGGAGUACUACUGUGAGUCCUGCGAGACAGCCAUGUGCCACGAAUGCACAGCCGCUGAGCACCGAGAACACAUGACCGUCCCCUUGCGGGAUGUGGUGGAGCAGCACAAGGCUUCUCUGCGGCAGCAGUUGGACGCCAUCAAGAGCAGGCUGCCCCAACUGACUGCAGCUAUUGGGCUGGUGUCUGAUAUUAGCCAGCAGCUAGUGGAGCGCAAGAAUGAUGCUGUGGCUGAAAUCGGAAGCACCUUUGCUGAGCUGGAGAAGGCUCUCCACCAGAGGAAAGGGCUGCUAGUCCGGGACCUGGAGGCCCUCUGUGGAGCGAAGCAGAAGGUGCUGCAAGCCCAGCUGGACACUUUGCGUCAAGGCCAGGAGAAUAUCCUCAGUAGCUGCAGCUUCACAGAGCAGGCGCUGGACCAUGGCUCGGAGACAGAGGUGCUAUUGGUGAAGAAACAGAUGAGUGAGAGGCUGAGUGAGCUGGCAAGUCGCGAGUUCCCUGAGCAGCCCCACGAGAAUGCCCAGGUGGACUAUGUGGUGGAGACAGAGGGUGUGCGCAAGUCCAUCCUCAACCUGGGUGUGCUGCUUACUACUAGUGCCAUUGCCCACAAGACAGUGGCCACAGGGGAAGGGCUCCGUCAUGCUGUGGUGGGUCAGGCUGCCUCACUCACCAUUACUACCAAGGAUAAGGAUGGUGAGCUGGUGCGCAGCGGAAGCGCCUGCCUUCAGGCAGAGGUGGUGGCACCUGAUGGCUCUGCCAUGGACCACGAAGUGCUAGACAACAAGAAUGGCACAUAUGAACUGCUCUAUACACCGCGACAUGAGGGGGACCACCUCCUCUCCAUCCAACUCUAUGGGCAGCCGAUCCGAGGCAGCCCCUUCCGUGUCAAGGCUGUCAAGGCCUCUGAUGUGCCUCCCUCCCCAGAUGAUGUCAAGCGCCGCGUCAAGUCCCCCAGCAGUGGCCACAUCCGCCAAAAAGCCGUGCGCCGACCCUCCAGCAUGUACAGCAGUGGCAAAAAGAAAGAGAACCCCAUUGAGGAUGAGCUCAUCUUCCGAGUCGGCAGUCGGGGUCGGGAAAAGGGCGAAUUCACUAAUCUGCAGGGCAUUUCCACCUCCAGCAGUGGCCGCAUUGUGGUGGCUGACAGCAAUAACCAGUGCGUACAGAUCUUCUCCAAUGAGGGGCUGUUCCGCCUGCGCUUUGGUGUGCGGGGCCGUUCCCCAGGGCAACUGCAGCGCCCCACCGGGGUCACCGUGGACCUCAAUGGGGACAUUAUCAUUGCAGACUAUGACAAUCGCUGGGUCAGCAUCUUCUCCCCCGAAGGCAAGUUCAAGACCAAGAUUGGGGCCGGCCGCUUGAUGGGCCCGAAGGGUGUGGCUGUGGAUCGCAACGGGCAUAUCAUAGUGGUGGACAACAAAGCUUGCUGUGUCUUCAUCUUCCAAUCCAAUGGGAAGCUUGUGACCAAGUUUGGUAGCCGUGGCACAUCGGAGCGCCAGUUUGCAGGUACCCUUGAUGGACCACAUUUUGUUGCUGUCAACAACAAGAAUGAGAUCGUGGUGACUGACUUCCACAACCAUUCCGUGAAGGUGUACAGUGCUGAUGGAGAAUUCCUCUUCAAGUUUGGAUCCCAUGGUGAGGGUAAUGGGCAGUUCAACGCCCCGACUGGAGUGGCUGUGGACUCCAAUGGAAAUAUCAUUGUGGCAGAUUGGGGCAACAGCCGGAUCCAGGUUUUUGACAGCUCGGGCUCCUUCCUCUCCUAUAUCAACACCACAGCAGAUCCGCUGUAUGGUCCUCAGGGCCUGGCUCUCACCUCUGAUGGACACGUGGUGGUGGCGGACUCCGGCAACCACUGUUUCAAGGCCUACCGAUACCUGCAGUAACCCUGGGGAGGCAGGCUGGGUGGAGGGGGGGCUGGGAUGUUCCCAAAAUUUCCUUCGUCCCACCUGCUGGCCUGGAAGGUGGUGAUGGGCUUGGGGAGGGCUGGCCCUUCAGUGGGAUCUCCUCCCUACACUGGGUUGGGGGCUCUGGCAGCUGUGUGUGAUGGUGCCAAUUGCAACCAAGGCAGCUAUGCGUUCGAGUUCAGGAUGUUUCCUGGAGUGUGUGAAGGAGUGUUGUCCGCUCAGCUUCUCUAAGAAGGCCACCGUAAAUCUCUGGCCUCUUCUGCGGGUGGGGAGCUGACUCUUGCGUGGGCAUUAUAGCAAUUCUUGCUUGUUGCCUGCUUAGAAGCUCUUGCCAUUCCUGCUCAGUCACUGUGGGUGCCUGGAACCCCAGGAACUGGGCACUUGUUUUGUCCUCCUGCCCCUCUGCCCACCAUCUUUCUCAUUCCCUUCCCUGGGUUCUCUCUGCACUUUAUCUCUGUCCAGGGAAAGGGCUGAGGCUAUACCCUUCCUGCUUCACUUUCUGGCUCUAUGAUUCCUGGGUAGCUGGGUGUCAGAAGCACAGGUUUCAGCAGAUGGAUGCUUGGGGAGAGUUGCACUUCAGGGAGCAGGGGGAGCAGAGCUUCCCUUGUUCUGCCAACCAGCUUCACCAGGAGAGGAGAUGCUGCCUUCUACUAGGAGUUGCACAACCAUGUGUGUGUCUGUAUGUGUGUGUGUGUGUGUGUCAAGGAGGGGGAGAGAGUCUGGUUUUGCUGAGAGGUCCAGAGUUUGCUAUGUCUUCGGCCACCUUUUAUCUCACCUUGGCCUGCGUGAAUCCCUUCCAUGGCCUUUGGCGAAAUGUGGGUGGGGUGUGUUUUGUUGCAAUUCCUGUUGGACAGAGCUGCUAUUUUCCACUGGCUCCCCUCUGAAAAGGUGUGUUUGCUCUCUUACUCUGGACUUGUCUCCUACAUCCCCAUCUUGCCUCCCUGACAGCAGGUUCUGGAAAGCUGGGUAUCAGCCAAGACCACAUCAAAUAUGGCUGUGGCUGGCCUCCUAGCAUCCUGUCCUGUGGCAGUGGAGUCCCAAAUACUUUUGAGAAUAUACCGGGCAGCAGUGGGGGGAGAGGGAGCAGCUUGUGCGUGCUUUCCGCCACCCUGGAGAUGCUUCUUUUCUGCAGUCUCCUGUCCCUCCUGCAGGAUCACUUCUGUGGGUCUCUGCCAGCCUGUCUUCCUUCUUGUCACCCCAAUAAGCCAGCCUUCAGCUAGUGGCAAGCAGCAGUUCCAGCCUCAGGCAUCAAAUAGGCCGGGCUGCCAAGAGACUGGUGGCGCCAUUCCCUGGUGACUCCUGCGUCCCCUCUGUUCCCCAGGCCUUCUGCACACACUCCUGUUUGGUUGGGCUGAACUGAGGCAGCCAUGUGCUAACAAACAAAAAUGUAUGUAAAAAAUAAAGUAUUCUGA